AAAUGGUAAAAGAGCUGCUUUUGUUUUGUUUUUCUUUGGUUUUGUCUCUCUGAUUUCCCGGCGACAAGUCUGUGUUUCAUUGUCCUUGAUCUCAUAAAGUUUUUUUUUUGAUUUUUUUCUCGUCUGAUUCUGGACCCAAAACGACGAGUUUCAAGUCACCGGCGGUCAACACUCCGUCCAGUUAGCUCGUCUCAUCGGAACCGGUUGGAUAAGGAAAUGCUUCGUGCGAUUAGAACACCAGAACGAUUCAAGAGCUUGUCACGAAGCUAAUGAAGAGAAGAAAUUUAGCUCCGAAAUGAACUAUAAGUUUCCGGUAUUUACAAUUUAGGGAUUUGUUUAUUUGUUGGGGAAUUAUUGAAUGUGAAUGAAAAUAGCAGCAGCGGAGGCGGAGGUGGCUUUUCCUCAUAGAGUUGAUCUCUUUUUCACCAUUUGUUGGAGCUAAACAAGUUAUUUUCUUAAUUGAUACAAAUUUGGAAGAAGCAUGAAGGCUCAACCAAAUGAGUUUUUGGCAAAUCCUGCUGAAGGAGAAAGGAAGAGUAUCAAUUCAGAAUUAUGGCAUGCUUGCGCUGGACCACUUGUUUCUUUGCCGCCAGUUGGAAGCUUGGUGGUAUACUUUCCUCAAGGCCAUAGCGAGCAAGUCGCAGCAUCGAUGCAGAAGGAAACUGAUUUCGUUCCAAGCUACCCUAACCUUCCUUCCAAGUUAAUUUGCAUGCUACAUAAUGUCACCUUGCAUGCUGAUCCAGAAACCGAUGAGGUCUACGCUCAAUUGACUCUUCAACCUGUAAGCAAAUAUGACAGGGAAGCAUUACUGGCAUCUGAUAUGGGCCUCAAGCAAAGUAGACAACCUGCUGAGUUCUUUUGCAAGACUCUUACGGCUAGUGACACUAGCACUCAUGGUGGAUUUUCUGUGCCUCGUAGAGCAGCUGAGAAGAUCUUCCCUCCUCUGGAUUUUUCAAUGCAACCACCUUGUCAAGAGUUAGUAGCCAGAGAUUUACAUGAGAAUACAUGGACAUUCAGACAUAUUUAUCGAGGUCAGCCAAAGAGGCACCUUCUAACAACUGGUUGGAGUGUCUUUGUUAGCAACAAAAGACUUUUUGCUGGUGAUUCUGUUCUUUUCAUAAGAGACGAGAAGUCCGAGUUUCUCUUGGGUAUAAGGCGGGCUAAUAGACAGCAGCCAGCUCUCUCUUCAUCGGUUAUUUCUAGUGAUAGCAUGCAUAUCGGGAUCCUUGCUGCUGCGGCUCAUGCUGCUGCAAAUAACAGCCCAUUUACUAUAUUCUACAAUCCAAGGGCAAGUCCUUCUGAGUUUGUGGUCCCCUUGGCAAAGUAUAACAAAGCCAUGUAUACCCAAGUUUCUCUUGGCAUGCGGUUUCGAAUGAUGUUUGAAACUGAGGAGUCUGGUGUGCGCAAAUACAUGGGCACGGUUACUGGUAUCAGUGACCUCGAUCCUGUCCGAUGGAAGAAUUCACAGUGGCGCAAUCUUCAGGUAGGCUGGGACGAAUCUACUUCUGGUGAACGGCCUAGUCGAGUUUCAAUAUGGGAUAUUGAGCCCGUCGUAACUCCUUUCUACAUAUGCCCGCCACCAUUUUUCAGGCCUAGGUUCCCCAAGCAACCAGGGAUGCCAGAUAAGGACGGUGAUGUUGAGGAUGCUAUCAAGAGAGCUAUGCCCUGGCUCGGAGAUGACUUUGGCAUGAAAGAUUCCCCUACUUCAAUCUUUCCUGGUCUGAGUUUAGUUCAGUGGAUGAACAUGCAACAAAAUAAUCAGUUUGCGGCUGCUCAAUCAGGACUCAUUCCUUCUAUGGUUUCUUCGAAUCCGUUGCAAAAUAACCUUAUCACUGAUGAUCCUUCCAAGUUAUUGAAUUUUCAAGCUCCGGCAUUACCUUCAUCGAAUAUGCAAUUUAACAAAGUAAAUCCGAACCAAGUCAACCAGUGGCCUCAGGCACCUAUGACAUGGCCCCAGCAGCAGCAACUCCAGCAGUUAUUGCAAACUCCUGUAAAUCAAAAUCAACAGCAGCUACUAUCCCAACAGCAGUUGCAGCGACAACCGCCACAGUCACAUCUACAACAGCAUCCUCAGUCAUCCCUACAGCAGCAACAACAACAACAAAGUCAACAACCACAACCACCGCAGCAGCAGCAACAACAACAAAGACAACAACCACAGCAGCAACAACAACAAUUACUGACAAGCAAUUGCCAGUUAACUCAAACUAUCCUUUCUGUUAAUAAGACUUCAUAUCCUUUGACGUCUUUACCUCAAGAUACACAGAUUCAGCAACAGAUGGAACAGCAACCAAACCUCGUACAGAGCCAACAGCAACAGACACAAUUGCCGCAAAGUCUGUCCCAGAUAUCACAACAGCAACCACAUCAUCAAAUGGGACAGCAGGGCCUCCCCUCAGAGCAACAGCUUCAAUUUCAACUAGUACAGAAAUUGCAGCAACAGCAGCAGUCGUCUCACCAAUUACUCUCACCUACUGGAUCACAGUUGCAAUCUCCAAUGAUGCAGCAACGAAACCAACCAUUGCAGCAGUUGCCUCUUUCUCAGACUCCACAAACACUUGGCAGCAAUGGCUUCUCAACAUCAGUGCUCAUUCACCCUCAACAGCCUAUGGUGAGCCAACCCCCGAGUCAGAACAAACCACUUAUGGCAAUGAGAACCCAUUCUAGUCUUACAGAUGGAGACGCUCCAUCAUGUUCAACCUUACCUUCGACCAAUAAUUGUCAGGUUUCACCAUCAAGCUUUCUAAGCAGAAGUCAACAAGUACCGCCCAUAUUGGUGACAGAUCCAGUUGUUGAGCCAUCAAGUACACUGGUUCAGGAGCUUCAGAGCAAGCCCGACAUCCAAAUCAAACAUGACCUACCUGCCUCUAAAGGUCCAGAACAAUUGAAGUACAAAAGUACUGUACCAGACCAAUUAGAGGCAUCCUCUUCUGGAACAUCGUACUGCCUAGAUGCAGGCACCAUCCAGCAUAAUUUCUCCCUGCCUACCUUUCUGAAAGGUGAUGUCCAAUCACAUCCUCGGAACAAUCUGCCAUUUACACCUAAUAUUGAUGAACUAGCACCCGACACUUUGUUAUCAAGGGGAUAUGACUCUCAAAAGGAUCUUCAAAACCUGCUUUCUAAUUAUAGUGGCAAUCCAAGAGAUAUUGACACAGAGAUGUCUACUGCUGCAAUAAGUCCUCAGUCGUUUGGUGUGCCAAACAUACCGUUCAAGACUGGGUGUUCAAAUGACGUUGCCAUAAAUGAUGCAGGGGUUUUAAAUGGCGGAUUGUGGGCCAACCAAACUCAACGGAUGCGAACAUAUACAAAGGUGCAAAAGCGUGGCUCUGUUGGGAGAUCAAUCGAUGUAACCCGCUACAAAGGGUACGAUGAACUCAGGCAUGAUCUAGCCCGCAUGUUCGGCAUCGAGGGGCAGAUGGAAGACACACAAAGUUCCGAGUGGAAACUAGUUUACGUGGAUCAUGAAAACGACAUAUUACUUGUUGGUGAUGACCCAUGGGAAGAAUUUGUAAGUUGUGUUCAGAGCAUAAAAAUACUAUCAUCCACGGAAGUACAGCAGAUGAGCUUGGACGGAGAUCUCGGUAACACGGCGGUUCUGAAUCAAGCUUGCAGCGAGAUUGAUAGUGGAAAUGCAUGGAGAGGACAUUAUGAUGAUACAUCAGCUGCUUCAUUUAACAGGUAAAAUUCCCAGAGGUGUUCAAUUUUGAAACCACUGCCAUGA